CUGGCUGUUCAAGAUAUUCAGAGCCGCCCGUUGCGCGGAAACCCAUCAUUUCCUGCUUAUACUGAGAGACCGCAAACCCCACCAAAACUAGCGCGGUUUCCGGGAAUUCAGUCUCCAGAGAUUCUGGAGAAAAGACUCGCUGACUUUGUACAUAAGCUUCACAGCUACCAGCAGAGUUGGGAGGGGAGUGGGAAACGUCAAUGUCCCGGUCCUCGGGACCAUCAAGGGUUGGAGGAUCAGGACUCGAUGUCGCGGAGACCUUCUGCGUCUCGUCCUGCAUCUCGGUCACCUUCCGAUGGUCAGAGAAUAGUUUUACCCGCUGUUCAGACUCGAGAUGAUCCACGGGGUAUGGGAGGACAUGGAGAGAGGCAUCGAUUACUAUCAGAUAGCCGAGCAUUUCAGUUGCAACCAUCAUCUGAUAGAGUCCGACAAAAUCUACCGACACCAGUAGCGGAUGAUUGGCGAAGCUUGGGACCUUCACGAGAUCUAGGAGUCCAUUCAAUUCUGAAUCCCUCAGGACCAGAAAGCAGUAGACAAACGAAUCGCCGUUCUACUAUUGCUGAGUCCCCUCAAUCUGUUGGGAGUAUUUCUCAACUUGGACCUAGUGCCUCUACAACUACUCCAACAACAUCAUUCCCGAGUCUACAAACUUCGGUGAGCACUCCGCCAGCAGGUGAAAGCUACAAUGCACCUUACGCUCAUCAGCGAAGGAUUCUCACACCUAGAUCACCAUCCCGUGCGAUUAGUUCUGGGCGUGGCAGAGCCAUGACAACCAUUGACGCUCAGAUAUCACCUUUCUUGCCACCCAGGAGCGCGAGAAAUGAAGGAAAUCCUCCACUGGAAUCGCCUCCAGUACCCAAUCCUGCUACCCGAUAUCAACAGCAUUAUGGCUUUCCUUCAACAUCAGCGCCAGUAAUUGAUCGGCGUACUAGUAUGCCUGCUUCUGGGCAAGCUCCAUUAUCUCAAAGCGCGAGUCCCAGUAUCUCUGUGUCUUCUCAAAAUCCAUCAUCAGCCCAAACAUCUCCAGCCUCUUUUCUUUACCACAAAGGUGGUCAGGGAGUACAAGCGCCAGCGGCGCCUACAUCGUCAUCGUCAUCGUAUUUUCCCGGGUCCUUUGCACCUUCAAUGCAGAAUACAUCUGGUGGUGGAAUGCAAGGAAUGCAAUAUCAAGGAUCUCAAGAAGGUCCGUACAGCGCUCCAGAUCCCCAGACUCCAGGGGGAGGAAGCUCCCUCAACUCCACCAAUGCUGGCAGCUCAAGACAAACGUCAGCGAGCGAUCCCAUUCAAGUCUUGACAAUUACUACAUCUUCUGGGCAGUAUCAGGUGCCUGUGGAUGUGCAUCAAGCGUCACGGUUGGCUGACGAGAAGCGCGCGCGCAACGCAGGAGCAUCAGCGCGAUUUCGACAACGAAGAAAAGAGAAAGAGAGGGAGGCAUCGACGAGCAUUGAAACACUUCAAAAGGAAACUAGAGAGUUGGAAAGAAGAUUGCACGAAGUGGAGCAGGAAAGAGAUUUUUAUCGAAGUGAAAGAGAUAGGUUUCGUGACGCGGUAUUCAGGUCUUCGGAUCUGCGACAUCUUGCGAUGCAGGGCCCACCGAGUCCGAAUUCCAUGCGCGGAAAUUCGUCGUUUUCUACACCUCGUCAAAAUCCAGGGGCGCCUUCUGGCUUCGGCGCACAACCUCCUCCAUCGUUGGCGGAAAGGGCACCGAGAAGAAGAAGGAUAGACGGUCAAGGGGAAUUCGCUAGCAUGCCUUAUACUACUGGUCAUCCUCUAGCUCCAGCGUCUCUUCCGCCAGUCAAUGCUCCUUCUCAUGCUCCUGGCCCACCUCAAGGACCGCAGAGUCUGCCGCCUUUACGAAUGGAGGCCCCAGCUACGACCCAGGCGGCUGCGUCGACCCAGCCAGCUGCAACAUCUGGUCCGCAGUCGACCUUUGAGCCCUAUCCUCGUCCACCAGGACCAUUCGACCGACCGUGGCAACCAGAUAAUUCACGCCGUUGA